AGUGCUUUCCAUUUCUAUCACUUUCAGUGGACUCAUCAGCUUCUCAGUCGCCGUAGAGGACCAUAGAGUGCAUCAUGAGUUACACCAAUCUUACCGUCUUCCAGCCUGCAGUUUUUGUCCUACUUGGCAUUCCUGGGUGGGAGGCUUAUCACAUUUGGCUGUCAAUACCUCUUUGCCUCAUUUACAUCACUGCGGUCCUGGGAAACAGCAUCCUGAUAGUGGUUAUCAUCAUGGAACGUAACCUUCAUGAGCCCAUGUAUUUUUUCCUCUCCAUGCUGGCCGUCACGGAUAUCCUGCUGUCCACCACCACUGUACCCAAGGCCCUAGCCAUCUUUUGGCUCCAUGCCCAUAACAUUGCUUUUGAUGCUUGUGUCACCCAAGUCUUCUUUGUUCAUAUGAUGUUUGUGGGGGAGUCAGCUAUCCUGUUAGCCAUGGCCUUUGACCGCUUUGUGGCCAUUUGUGCCCCACUGAGAUAUACAACAGUGCUAACAUGGCCUGUUGUGGGAAGGAUUGCUCUGGCCAUCAUCACCCGAAGCUUCUGCAUCAUCUUCCCAGUUAUAUUCUUGCUGAAACGGCUGCCCUUCUGCCGAACCAACAUUGUUCCUCAUUCCUACUGUGAGCAUAUUGGAGUGGCUCGUUUAGCCUGUGCUGACAUCACUGUUAACAUCUGGUAUGGCUUCUCAGUGCCCAUUGUCAUGGUCAUCUUGGACGUGAUCCUCAUUACUGUGUCUUACUCACGGAUCCUCCGAGCAGUGUUUCGUUUGCCCUCCCAGGAUGCUCGGCACAAGGCCCUCAGCACUUGUGGCUCCCACCUCUGUGUCAUCCUCAUGUUUUAUGUUCCAUCCUUCUUUACCUUAUUGACCCACCGUUUUGGGCAUAACAUUCCUCAACAUGUCCAUAUCUUGCUGGCCAAUCUUUAUGUGGUGGUACCACCAAUGCUGAACCCCAUUGUCUAUGGUGUGAAGACUAAGCAGAUACGUGAGGGUAUAGCCCACUGGUUCUUUGACAUCAAGACUUGGUGCUGUACCUCCCCCCUGGGCUGAUGGAUCCUCAUGAAUCUUCAUGUCCAGCUCCU